AUGGCACCUUCUUCCUUAUUCUUUUUCCUCGGAGGGAUUGUUGUGCUAAUAAUAUUAUUGAUUAUGAUAGCAAUCUAUUGGAAAAUUUUCAAGCCAGCAGGGAUGAUGAGAUUUACGUCACAAACUGCAAGGCGGGCAGCAUCGCCAGAUUUAUUUAGUGGGAACCUACGAACUAUCAGCUAUUUUGACUUCAAGACGUUAAAGAGGGCAACCAAGAAUUUUCACCCCGAGAAUCUCCUUGGCAGAGGUGGAUUUGGGCCUGUCUACAAAGGAAAGUUACGAGAUGGAAGAUUGGUUGCUGUGAAAAAACUGUCCCAUGACAAAUCCCAUCAAGGAGAAUCAGAGUUUCUUGCAGAGGUGAGGAUGAUCACAAGUAUCCAACACAAGAACCUGGUUCGCCUUUUGGGAUGUUGCUCAGAUGGGGCUCAACGGUUGCUCGUAUAUGAAUUUAUGAAGAAUGGUAGCUUGGACCACAUAAUAUAUGGAAAAAGCGUUAUCUUCUUGAACUGGGACACUCGGUUUCAAAUAAUGGUAGGCAUAGCUCGAGGGCUUCAGUAUCUACAUGAGGAUUCGCAUCUAAGGAUUGUUCACAGAGAUAUAAAAGCAAGCAACAUUCUUCUUGAUGACAAGUUUCACCCAAGGAUUGGAGAUUUUGGGCUGGCUAGGUUCUUUCCCGACGAUGAAGCUUAUCUCAGCACCACAUUUGCUGGAACUUUAGGCUACACAGCUCCUGAAUAUGCGAUCAGAGGAGAAUUGUCUGAAAAAGUAGACAUAUAUAGCUUUGGAGUUCUUGUGCUUGAAAUAAUUAGCUGCAGGAAGAACACAGAUCUUACUUUACCAUCAGAAAUGCAGUACCUUCCAGAAUAUGCAUGGAAGUUGUUUGAGCAAUCACGUGUACUUGAUCUGGUAGACCUACGAGUGACACAUGAUGGGUUGGUCAAGGAAGAUGUGUUACGGGCAAUAAAUGUAGCGUUCUUUUGCCUCCAGCCUCAUCCAAACCAAAGACCUCCCAUGUCUAAGAUUGUUACUAUGUUAACUUGCACUGUUGAAAUGGUCGAAACGCCAAUUAAACCAGCCAUUUUAGAUCGAAGGCGUAAGAAGAAUGAAAACUUUUCCCUGUCUUGGGAUACUAUGCCAGAUCCUUUCCCUUCUCCACUUGAAAGUGAGUCCACACCAUCAUUUCAGCUGCCUCAUUAAAAUCAUUUGUCAAGGUUAAGGACACACCUUAUCUAUGCAUGCAUGGUUUUGCCAUUUUUGCUAUGUGAUA